UGCUGGUCAAGAACGCCUCCCUCAACUCCCACUAGUCAACUUUCAGCGUCGUGAUCAAGUAUCGGAGUCUUUGCUAGAUAAGCUUGAGGAAUGCGUAAAAUGAAGAUCACGACGACGCACCAUCGGCUGGACGCCGAGUCUUCAAGUGAUGGAAAAGAGCGACGCUAUCGUGCCAUGGGUCUCACCGGUUUGGUUGUACUACUGUUGAUAGCGGUGUAUGCUGCCAGCCCAAGCGCGAACGAUAGCAAUCUACGAAACGCAGACUUCACUCCGAUGUCGAUCGACGAUACCAACACCGCGGCAUCGGGUUAUGCUGAUAAUUCGACGGAAUCGAGGCUACAUUCCGUGGAUAUCGGUAUGGGUUGUCCGGAAUUUGAGACCGCAUUCGACGCGGCUACACCUGGAAGCUCUACGCCGUUCCGGUCAUUCACGUUGACCAAAGGCACUGGCUAUGCCUACGUGGCACUCCACCUCAGCAAGCUUUGGAUGCCUCAUGGUGCCUCGGUGGUUGUUCGGGCAGUGGAAGGCUUCGACGCUCCGGACCGUACGCACAACCUCUCGAUCAACUACCCCAGUGGACAGGUGUAUGGCAACGUCCUGGCUCAACCUCUUCUCGCGAAAGAAUUCCGUCUUGAAUUCUACCGCAACGCAGGUAGUGCCAACACUACGAAAGCCGACGCCAGAGGCGCGGCGUGCUACGGCUUCGUCGUGGACGCGUACCACUACGUGCUUAUGGACAAUGACAAUCCGAUCUCGGUCACGGACGAGUCGAUCUGCGCUGCGGACAACACCAAAGAAGCCAUUUGCUACUACGAUGAUAGUACCACCCGAACAGCGUUCUUGGCUGCUCGAUCGGUGGCUCGGUUGCUCAUUCCGAAAGGCGGUGGCGCGUCUGCCGGUUGUACUGCUUGGCUGCUUGGUAACCAGGGACACCUCAUGACGAACCACCACUGUGUGUCCACAGACGAGGAAGCGGGUAGCACAACCGUCGAGUUCAUGGCAGAAGCCGACGUCUGCAGCGACAGUGUGUCGUGUGCCUCAUGGGGAGCCUGUCCAGGUGACGUUGUCUCCAUGAGUGUGGAGCUAAUUCACGCCGAUGAAGAGCUGGACUACGCACUACUUAAACUACCAAAUGAUGGACCCGAUCUCGCUCAAAAGUACGGGUAUUUGAGACUAAAGACCCGUGAAGGUGUCGUCGGGGAGCAAGUGUACAUUCCGCAACAUCCACUGUUCAAAGGCAAACGGAUGGCAGUGGUCGACGACUACGCCAAUAAUGUGGCGUUGCUAAGUCUAAGUGCCAGCUCCUGCGGUGGUUCAGGCUAUUCGUACAGCGGUGACACACAGAGCGGGUCGUCUGGUUCGCCGGUGAUCUCCUUCGCAGACCACGGCGUCAUUGCACUGCACCACUGCGGCGAGAUGUGUGCCAACACUGGAGUCCCGGCCAAGCGAAUCAUUGCCGAUUUAAUCCUAAAUGGCAUUGAUGCAGCGGAGUUUGACGGCGUCGACGACGGAUCUAACGCUGUGGCCAAUGCUGAACGCUUCCCGGUGUACGUUCCGCCGGCUCCUGAGGUAGUGCAGCCUCUGACGCCACGUCUGACGAUGAACGGCGCUAUCAUUCUCGCGUCCAGCUACGUUAGCAUCGAUUCCGUGAAAUUCACGCUCAACAGCGACGCGGACAUCUCGUUCGACGUGCUUUCAGUCGAGAUCGCAGACAACGACACCUUCUAUGAUCUAAAUGGCGACUGCCGUGCUUCAUACUUGGACGCGAUGAUUUAUCUCUUCGCAGACGGAGAGUCGGAAGCAGUUUUCACCGUUGACGACAGUCCAAUUGACACAGCCAACGCAGACGGAUCCGUCAGCUACCGCGACCCGUACCAACGCACAUUCCUCAAGCAGGGAUCCUACACGCUUGCGAUCGCACCAACCGGUGCAAGUGAGGAAGACGCCCGCGCCGGGAAAACAAAGGCCGACUACCCGCCAGAACUCUACACGUGCCGCACGCGCGGCUCGUACGGAUCCUACAAGUUGCAGAUCUCUAGCACGAUAGGUGAUAACCCCUUCACGUUCACGAGCUUGCCAGCGACGGUAGGCAUCAACCCAGCAUCGUGCAACAAGCCAGCCGAUACGAUCUGCUCCAGCUAUUAUUAAAAAUUCCCAAAGCCCGCUAUUUUUUUUUAUAAGGACGUAGAAAAAAGUAAUAUGUAAGUCAAACUUGACAACAGGGAUA